AUGUCUGAAAAACCUAAGCCAAAAAUGACAGAUUCUGCUGCCGUCGAUGCUGCUGUUACUUCUGCCACGACUGACAUCUUGACCGAAGAACAUGUCAGUUCUUUGCAAUCAAAGAGAGAUUUUCAUACUAAUCAAACAUCCACAUAUUGGUUGCCAAAAGAUGAAGAAGAGCAACACAGACUGACAGGUCAACAUUUCGCUAUUAAGGAGCUCUAUGAGGGAAAUAUUCUGACCAGUGUGAAGGAGACCCUUGAUUUCGAGAAGGGCGUCUCUGUUCUGGAUAUUGGAUGCGGGGCUGGGUCUUGGAUCAUGGACAUGAUUAUAGAUUACCCUAAUUGCACAUACGAAGGAUGUGACAUGGUUCAAAUUACCAACAGUAACGUUACACCUAGUCAGUUCCACUGGAGCUACAGCAAUGUCAUUGAAAAGCUUAAUUAUCCUGAUAACACAUUUGAUUUCGUACACAUGCGAUUGUUCAUCUUGGCCUUGCGCCAAUCUGAAUGGCCUAUUGCUAUUGAGGAGAUCUUGAGAGUAACAAAGCCUGGAGGCGUGAUCCAGCUAUUGGAAUUUGAUUUGAAGAUGACAGGUGGUGGCAAUGCUGCUAUCGAGAAAGCAUUGAAUGGAAUUCACAUGGCUUGCAAAGCUAGAGGUCAAAAUCCUCGUAUUGCACUUCAGUUGGAGAAAUUGGUAUCUGCAAACGAGAAUGCAAAGGUGAUUCAAACAGAUUACAGAUCCAUUGACAUGACCUCCAAUACAAGCGCUGCAAAGAAGUUUUUGUGGGAUUGGAGAGAGGGUAUCAAGAGCAUGUUGCCUGUGCUCGGUCCAAAGAUCGGCUUGCAGACAGAGGAUGUGCAGGAGAAGUUCCUCAAGGAGUUGUGUGAGGGAUUAGUCACUUCUGAAGCAUAUACCUACAUGAAUGCCAUUGCUGCACAGAAAAUCCAAAAUAAACAUCCUGCAAAGAUGCAAAGUUGUGUCGUUUGA